AUGAAUCCUUACAUGAAUCAAAACGCUAUUCUAGGUGUGCCCAAGCACCCAAUCUCAGCAGUUAUUGGGGUGGUUGAGAGUGCCCUGGCCAACAGUGAACACCGUGCCCUGAACGUCUUCCAGGCCACGUACCCACGUCUAGCCCCGGCUGCACGGCAGGUCCUGCACGACCUGUACUCUGCCCUCAGGGUAGGCCUGACGGACACGGACGACAGGGCACUGGAGAAUGCCAUGGGCACCUUCUGGGACGACCUCUUUCCCCCUGUGUACCACAGUGUGCUGCAUGCCCGCCUGGCACCGUUUUCAAGGCGGUACACCGAGUGUCUUAGAGAUGCCCAGAGGGUAGUACAGCCCUGGGGCAUAGUACCCACGCUGGUCGGAGAACCACUACUUCGCGGUCUACAUUCUGCGCGACUGCUGCUACACUCGCUGGAUGUGGGCGCGCAAGUGGUCAAAACUGCCAGCAACUUUGCUGUUCCCAGUGAAUGCGGUGACGCUGCAGCACGCAUGCAGUACUGCGGUGCAUGCCACGGUACCCUAGCACCGCCAUGCCCAGGGAUGUGCCUCAAUGUUGCUAGGGGCUGCCUAGCGCCCCUAGCUGAGGUGGAUGGUGCCUGGGCUGACCUAGCAGGAGCAGUGAGUCGUGUGCAGCAGUCACUGCAAGCUGUGAGGCUGGCACAGCUGCUGCACCAGCUGCCAGACAAGCUCUCUGAAGCUGUCAUGGUAGCGCUGGAACGAGGCCCACAACUGCAGAAGAAGUGGUCCAGUCGUGUCGUCUCAUCCCUGGUCACAGAAGAGUUCGUGGAAGAGGUGGUGGAAGAGGUGAGGGUUCUCAGAACAGUUAGAAUCCUCCUCAAGCGUGAGUUGUUUGUACAUUCCAAUGUUACAGUUGGUCCUUUAGUAGAAGCCUCCAUGUACAGCGUACCCGAUCAUGUGUUCAUGGACUCUGGUGAGCAAGUUAACACCAUUCGAUCUACCCUCUUUAAGAUAAGCGACUCCGUCAUGUCUUGUAGAAGCACCUCAUCUAACCACCCUUAG